AUGUCCGAUCCUAGUCCAAGAAAUAGCACAGUCAUAACAGAAAGAAAUUAUCAUCAUUCCUAUCAGACAAUCCAUUCACUAUCAUUUCUUGUUGGCAAGAAAAAGCAAAGCGCCAUUUCAACCGAAAUACCUUGUACUGCAAGUGAAAUUCCUCUUUGGCUAAAUCAAACAAUUUAUUGUAUGAUUAUCGACUCCAGUAUUGAUUCAUCGCCAAUUGAUCCAAAUCAUCCUACAAGUAGUGAUCCACAACCAAUCGAUCGCCAACACAAGACUGCAUUGACGAUCGACAUUCAAGCAAGAGAACUGGAAAGUGGCAGUCCACACCAUCAUCGUAGCAAUCCAAGUCCUCGUCAUCACUAUCCUUUAGUGGCUAUGCAAAAUAGCACAACGACAUCGUCUCCGACCGCUGUCGAGACGAUUUCUGCCACCAGUGGUAGCAAUAACUCCAGCGCCAAUACCACUGGCAAUAAUAAUAAUAAUAAUAAUAGCAAUCAUCAUGCCAAUAGCAAUAGCAACAAGCACAACGAUGCUGCAACACCAUUUACUUCCACUGCUUUACUCGAUUCUUCAAUGCCAACUUAUUGGUCUACUGCUGGCGAUGACAACGCGACCACUGGGCCAACUGCAAGCGCUGCCGUAGUUAAUCCAACCAUCACUUCCAAUCAGCAUAGCCGCCAUAACAGCAAUAGCAGCAAUCAUGGUAGUGGUAGUAGCAGUAGCAACAGCAAUCCUAAUCAUCAUCAUCAUCAUCAUCAUAAUAGCAAUAAUAACAACACUAAUCAUGCAUUUCCUUAUACAGCAACGCCGCCAUCAUCAUCGUCAUCAUCGUCCUUAAAUAAUCCAGCACAUUUGACGCAAUUUUCACCCUUGGUCGUUAGCCAACACCAGCAACAGCACAAUCAUCGACGAGUUCCACCUGGACAACGGCGCAAACCAUUUCCACCUUCCGUUGUCAACGCUGUCGGUAGUAUGCAGAAUAAAAAUAUCACCACCAAUCCUAUUAGUGGCAAUUGGAAUCAUGCUGGUAAUGCUUCACCAACGUGGAAAUUACAAAAUUGGCAACAACAGCAACAGCGCAAUUCCAACGGUGGCCAUCCACCGCCAGGCGCACCACCACCAUUACUCAACACGGCCAAUAGCAAUCAUCGAACAAGGCCUGCCAAUAUGCCAUCGCUAGCAAGAUCUCAUCGAAAUCGUUCUCCAUUUUCAGUUGGUCGUGCACCGAUAGCAAAUUAUGACAGUAAAAGUGAUGAAGCAGCAGCAUCCACUUACGUGUCCAAUCCAUCCAGUGGUAAAGCAUUUUCUGUUGCUGAACUCAACAGUGCAUUAAAUACCGUCAGGGAAAACAACCAAUGA